AUGACGAGGAAUUAUGCAGUGGUACUUGUCUUACUCACAACAUUAUUGUUGAGCUCUUUUGUUGUCAAUGGUUUUGGCAAUGCGAGGAGCAUUAAAUCGGAUUCUUCGCAGUCGGAAAUCGAUCAUAAAGAUGGGAAAAUCAAAGGAAGAAGAUGGGCAGUUUUGGUUGCUGGAUCAAGUGGCUAUUGGAAUUACAGACACCAGGCAGAUGUAUGUCAUGCCUAUCAAGUGUUGAAGAAGGGAGGAGUUAAAGAUGAAAACAUAAUAGUGUUCAUGUAUGAUGAUAUUGCUUUCAAUCAUGAUAAUCCCAGGCCUGGCAUCAUUGUUAACCAUCCACAUGGAGAAGAUGUUUACGCUGGGGUUCCCAAGGACUAUACAGGUAAGCAUGCCACUAUUGAGAACCUAUUUGCAGUCAUUUUGGGGAACAAAAGUGCACUCAAUGGAGGUAGUGGCAAAGUCGUAAAUAGUGGACCUCAUGACCACAUCUUCGUUUUUUAUAGUGACCAUGGUGGUCCUGGAAUCAUUGAAAUGCCACAAGGUGAGGAUCUAUAUGCGAAAGACUUGAUAGAUGUAUUGAAGAGGAAACAUGCUGCUAAUACAUACAAAACCAUGGUAUUCUAUAUGGAGGCAUGUGAAUCAGGGAGCAUGUUUGAAGGAUUACUUCCGGAGAACAUGAAUAUAUACGCAAUGACUGCUUCCAAUGCCGAAGAAAGCAGUUAUGCAGUCUAUUGUCCUGGAGAUUUCCCUAAUCCUCCUUACAAUUAUGGCACUUGUUUGGGUGAUUUGUUCAGCAUUUCUUGGCUCGAGGACAGUGACAUACAUGACAUGCGCAAAGAAACUCUGGGGAAGCAAUAUCAAGUGGUGAAAAGAAGAACAGCUACAGAUAGUUUGGAUUAUCGCUCUCAUGUUAUGCAAUAUGGAAGUAAGAAGAUACAGAAGGACUCACUCUUCAAAUACAUCGGAACGAACCCGGUGAACGAAAACUUCACUUUCAAUAACAAUUAUUAUGCUCCAGAGGCAACAUCAGUCAGUACAAAUGCUGCUCCUAAUCAACGCGACGCGGAUUUGCUUCAUUUCUGGCACAAGUUUCUAAGAUCCCCUGAAGGGUCUGCAAAGAAGAUUGAAGCACAAAAGAAGCUAGAUGAACACAUUUCACAUAGAAGACAUGUUGAUCAAAGUAUAAACCAAAUUGUAAUGUCUGUAUUUGGGAAUGAAAAUGGCAUGGAGAUGGUGAAGUUAGUUAGAGCUGCAGGACAAACUCUGGUGGAUGAUUGGGAUUGCUUAAAGAUGCUGGUGAAAACUUUCAAGAAACAUUGUGGACCAUUAUCAACAUAUGGGUUGAGGUAUACGAGAGCUUUUGCAAAUAUGUGUAAUGCUGGUGUGAGUGUGGACCAAAUGGCUGCAGCAUCAAUUCAGGCUUGUGGGGAAACGACUUUCUAAUUCCAUGGAGCUUUUUUCGCGUAAUUUGUUCUGGCAAUGCAAAAAACUAUGAAUAAAUGAUUCAAUAAAAUAAGAUCUUGUGAAAUAGUAGCCUUUGGACACAAGAAUGGUGCAAACUUAUGGUUGGGGACUUUUGUCGAACAUUUGGUGGGCGCUCCUCCUGCAAACAAGCGAACAGACCACGAAAUCAAGGUAUAAAAAAAAAA